AUGGUUCAACGUCAAUUUGGAAUGCUAGCUAUUCAAUCCCUCUGUCGUUCUUUAUCUGCCAGGCGUGGGUUCCAAAGCUCUGCUCAAUUGCUUAAGAAGAACUCGAAUAAUAGGAAGAAUGGAAAAGAUUUGAAGGAAAAAGAAGAGGUUGACGUGGUCGAUUUAAGCCAAUAUGUGAAACAGGCUCAGGCAGAGUUUACUAAGACGUUGGAUUUGCACAAAAAAAAGCUGCAUGAGACGAGACAGGGUGUUGCAGACCCACGUAUGCUCGAUGAUCUCCGGAUGCAGGACGGUAAACCUUUGAAAACCGUAGCAUCGACAUCCAUGAAGGGUAAGAACGCUCUGUUGGUUACGGUGUAUGAUCCUAAAGAUACUAAGCAUGUCGUUAGUUCGAUCUUGGCAGCCGAUUUGAAUUUAACGCCCGUGCGAAUCCCAAACAAUGAGCAGCAACUGAAGAUCGCUUUACCACCGCCAACGACGGAAUCUCGUCUCAAGAUGUGCAAGUCGUUGAAAGCUGUUUUUGAAGAGUACAAGAACUCAUCAGCUAAAUACUCUUUGGGUCACAUCAGGGCUGAGAUACUGAAAGAUAUGAAAUCCUUCUCUAAGAAAGACGACAAAGUGCGGAAAGUUAUCCAAGAUGUGGAGAAAAUACAUAAGGAGUACGUCAAUAAGUUGGAAGAGCAGCUGAAGCAAGCUGAGAAGAGCGUCAUGAGUUAA